AUGCAGGAGGAGGAUCAGAAGCUGAUUGAAUCAGCAAAGGGAGAAAUAAGAGAGGUUAGAAGAGAAAACGAGAGGUUGAAAGUACUAUUGGAACAGAUUGUGAAGGAGUCCGAAUCACUUCAAAUGCAUUUCUUUGACGUCCUUAAACAAGAAGAAGACAAGACUAAAAAUGCUGCUACAAUGAUGGGAACAGGGGAUCAUAGCCCUAGUACUCAUCAUGAACAAAAUGAUGAGCUUCUCUCUCUUUCAUUAGGGUUUUCAUCAUCCAAAGGUUGCAGAAGUAGAAAUACGAAUGUGAAAGAGGAAAAUGAGAAGGAUUUGGCAGAACCAGGACUUGCACUAGGGCUUGAUGUCAGAUUUGACCCUUCAUCAAGUAAAAUUAUUGAAGGUACAGACAUAAUAGCCAUUGAAGGUAGCUCUGGUGAUGAUGAGGAAGAGAAGGAAGAAGAAGCCACUGAGUUGCAGCCAGCCGGUAAGGUUCUCAAGACGAUGACAAGCAAAGGGGAUCAAACUACUUCUGAAUCUUCUCAUCAACAUCAGCUCAAGAAAACUAGGGUUUCUAUCCGAGCCAGAUGUGAUACUCAAACGAUGAAUGAUGGAUGUCAAUGGAGAAAAUAUGGACAGAAAAUAUCAAAGGGAAAUCCAUGCCCAAGGGCGUACUACAGAUGCACCAUGUCACCAUCCUGUCCUGUGAGAAAACAGGUGCAAAGAUGCGCAGAGGAUAUAUCCAUCUUGAUAAGCACAUAUGAAGGAACUCAUAAUCACCCUCUUCCUAUGCCUUCUUCGAUAAUGCUUCAAUCUCCUUGCUCUUUCACUUCCCUCUCCAAUAAUAAUAAUGCUCCUCUAAUAAUUCCUCCCUCUUCACAACAACCAAAAACCAAAUUUGCCUCCUUCUUCACUCAUAAUAGUGCUCUCAAUAGCUUCUCUAAGGCCUCUUCCAUUAUUCCAUCCUCUACUUUCAAUCCCACAACCAAACUUGAUCUCACUUCCUCUUCUUCCUCUCAUCAUCAGUUCAGAACAUUCACUUCCGUAGGCUUAUUCUCUUCCAGACCAAGACUUGCUUCUCAUUAUCCACCAUCUCCUUCACAAUCUUUGAUCUCUCCUUAUUAUAAUGGAACGUCAAGCCAAAAUAGUGGGAAACAACCAUUAACAAUGCAACAAGGGAGAAUUGAAGCUGCAACAAAAGCAGUCACCACUAAUCCCAAGUCCCAGUCAGCCAUUGCAGCCGCUCUCACUUCCUGUGUUACUAGUAGUAGUAGUAAUAUUGGAAAUGGCUUAUUGGACUGCACUGUUUCAUCAUCAUCAAGGUCUAUGAUGAACAUAAAUGUGUCUUCUUCUUCUUCUUCUGUGAUCAAUAAUGCUCAACAAGCUGGAAAUAUGAUAGAAGCAACAAUGGAAAAGGAAGAAUUUGAAUAUUACUCCGAAGGAACCAAACCUGUGAUUAUUAUCAGUAAGAGAAAAGACAACCUAAGUAGAGGUGAAGAUAUGGAUCCGCUGAAAUACCCCUUACUCAUUGUGACUCUUAAUGAAGGUAGAGACAAGGAUUUUAAUGCAUGGCGGGAGAGCUGCUGGAGAAGGAAGACCCGAACGUGUUUGUGUGAUAUUGGGAUGGAAGAUCUUCCAACAUUGGCAAUGAUGAGAGCUGGAGGAAGGGAGGGAAUGGGAGGUGUAGUUGAAGAAGAUGAAACAUAUCACAAUGGAAGGGGUAGGAGUGUAGUGGUUUGGCAGAGUGUGGGUGGGAUAAUGGCCGUUAGUUUGACUAUGAAGGUUGAGGUGUUGCCGCGGAAGGAGGAAAUGAUGAUGGCGUGA